CUGUUAAUGUUUUAACAGCGAAUAGCAUGUAAACAGAAAAUGGUAGAAUUAUUUAUUUUCAAAUGAAAGUUAAAUAGAAAUAAAGCUAAUAUAGUUGAUGAUAUUGUAACCAGAAACCUUUUACUAUUAAAUUUUAUGGAAAAUAAAUUUGUCAAUAAAAAUAGAGCAAAAGAAAUAAGAAGAAUGUUAGCAAAUACAAACGGAAAACAGCUGAUAUGGGGCGAUGUUACCACAUGCAAGUGGUCACACCGCCAAAUUUGUUUAAUGCACCUAUAAUACGUUGCAGCCUGUAUAGAGUGCGUGGUGUAUGUCAUCAAUUGUUAACAAAUCAAACAAGAAAGAGCUCACCCAAAUUGCCAUUAGUUGGGUCUGCUUGCUUUCACUUGGAGUCAGCAAAUGCCGCUAAACUGUUUGUGGACCGAGAAAAUAAACAUGCACAUGAUGUGCUCGUGAAUUCAUUGAAGCCUUAUCAGAUUUUCCGCUAUGAGGAGAGUGUCGAGAAUGUUCUUCAGUCGUCUGAGCUGCCUGAAUUGGUGUCCACAGCGAAUUUUACAAAUGUCAACAUGGAAGAAUUGUUCAAUGCAUUCAAUGAGUUAGCACAAUAUUGCAUACAUACUAAUACAUGCAUUUCAGACAAGCGUUUCGAGCAAUUCUGCCAAUAUUUCUGUGAGCAAACACAUCAUUUAAACGAUGAGCAAUUGCUGGCCACAUUACGACUACUCUCCAAAUUGCCUGAGGAGGCUUCCGUGCGUGAACUCAACUAUAUGCAGUUAUGGAACAAUUUGGAUGUUGAGUGUUGUCGGCGCAUUGAACGUUGGUCCAGUGAUCAACUAUUGUUAAUUUGUGAUGCCUGGUAUACAUUAAACUUGGCGCGAUUUGCAGAGUUUGUAUGGGAGGCAUUACGUAAGUUGGGACGCAAAAUACGACGCAUGUCACCUGAGCAUCUAGUGCAAGCUAUGUUCUAUUGCAAUGUAUUACGGCGAUCCGUAUUCGAAAUGUUUGAUUUUGAAGUGAAUUUAGCGCGUCACAUUGACAAUAUGUCAUUGCAGGAAUUGGGUGUCAUGGCUAUGGGUUUCUUUAAAACACAGACACCUAUACGUAAUCCAGAAUUAUUGGAUCAUCUCUUCAAACGUUUAAUAGCGAAUAUUGAAACAGUAGAAGAUAUAACAUUAGUUUCUAUACUAAAAGUGCUACGUUAUAGUAGCAAAUUGCCGCAAGUGCCACAGAUGAUGGAGUUAAUGGACACCUUGCAAACGCAGAUAUCACGUUUAUCUCUAAUGAGUUGCCUGCAUGUAGCGCUAUUUGGCGUGGAGUUGCAAUGCUGUCACGAUGGAGUUUUAGAAUUGGUGUUACAGCGUUUUAAUGACGAAAUAGAAAAUGCACGUCUAAAAGAUAUGGAACGUAUAUGUCUGGCUAUAAGUGUAUUCAAUUACCGUAGUCCAACAGGGGUUGAACAGGAGUUAUGCGCUAAAAUCAUGAAACUACUCGAAACGAAAGUUGAUGAAAUCUUAAAAUAUCCACGUUGUUUUGUUUGCUGUCUACACUACUUAACUUUAUGUGGCUACCAUAAUGAAGAGAUGUUAACCUCUGUUCUGGAUGCGCGUUUUAUAGCACAUGCUUAUGGUAAUAAUAAGAUAUUCGGGCGUGAACUAUUCAAUUUGGAUUCUUUUGUGAAAAUAAAUUUAAAGAACACUGGCUAUGCAGGUAAUCAAUUGCCGGAGAAAAUGCGACGCACAAUGGGCAAAUUGCUGACACAAUAUAUACCGGAGCGCAAUCAAAAAUUCAGGUUAAAUCAUACGGAUCGCAUACUUUUGGAAAUCAAAGAAACCUUGGGUUGUAUACUACGUCCGAAUACAUUCAAACAUAUAUUACCACAUUUUGAACGGCCAGAUGUGGUUAUUUCCUAUGACAAUAAACAGCGUAAGGCGCUACCGCUGGCAGCUGUUUGUCCAGCUGAUUAUAAUGGUGAAAUUUUAACGCGAGAUCUACUCUUGGGUGAGUCGGAGAGCUCGGAAGUAAAUACUGUUGCUAUCGUCAUAGCUGGAUGGAAUAAUGUAGUGAAGGAUAAGGAAAGAUUUACAGGUUUAUUUGAGAUGAAACUGAAACAGUUACGCCUGCUUGGACAUAAACCCGUUGUGAUAUAUUGGCAUGAAUGGCGUAAACAAGAGACACCGUUGGAUCGUCAACAUUUUCUAAAAAGAAAAUUAACUACUGCCAUUAAUUUAUAACGAUAAAUGUACAAAAACAAUAUAAUUAUGCCAAUAUUCGUUAGCAAAAUUGUAUACUUAAGGAACACAAUGUAAAAAUAAUUAUGUAG